UUGACUGCCAUUUUACCUGCUCCUGAAAAAAGUGUUCUUUGUUGAAAGCUGUGCACCCUCGAUCCCAGUUUUUUUUUCCUUUCUGAUAUAAGUGAAGAUUUCAUCCCACAUAUAGCGCAUUGAAAAGGUAGUGUGCAUAAAAUUUGACAAAGUAUUUAAAGCGAUUUCCUGAAAACACGUGGCCACAGAAAUCAUACAAUGAUCCUGGUGACGAUAUUGCAUGUAAUUCGAUCUUAUUUUCUGUAGUUAAGAAAGACAUUUAUUUAAUAGACCUUCUUACCCGUGGAUGUUUUUGAAUGUUUAUGCAAAAUAAUCAGUUUGAAGAAAAUUCUAAUGUGGAAAUAUGUUUACUAGAAAUAACAUGAUGUAUGGUUGUAAGCUUCGUGAAAAGUUUUAAACUCAUCUGACCUUCCCAUGCAAUGGUCUUUCCUAAUUAAUAAGCAGAUACAUGAUGAUGUGAAGGUUUUAUCACGCCAGGAGGAGUGCUCAGGUGAUUAUGUGGAAUCGUUGAUCGAUAAGCAAGUCAUGGUUAAGCGAAUAACAACGAAACCCUUUGAUGCUGGACAUAUUCGGUUGACAUAAAAUUAAGAAGAAUACGAAAGAAUGUGGUGCGCUGGAAGGAGAUCGAAAUAAACCAUCAACAAAAUACUUCAAACUGCAAAUCUGAUUAUAUACAUUUCUGCAACAAAAUUUCUUUAGUGACAAGCCUGUCUGAAGUAAGGAACUGAAGAGGACGAAGAUUAUGGCAGCAGCACCAGCAGGUUCUACUCAUCAAAUUUUGAUUGAUAAGAACGAGUACCAGCUGAAAUUGGUCACAUUUAUCAAUGAAGGUGUCGAUCAUCUGCGGGAAAUACUGCAUGAUCCUGCACGUGGCAACAAACCAAGUGAUGGAACAAAAUUAUAUCAAGCACUGUUACCGUAUAAGAAAAUAUUGAGUUAUCUUAAAAGAGAUCAGCUGGAGAUUGUAUUUCCACAAAGUCAACAGACAGAUUCCAAAUUAUUUGAUAUCACUCUUUUAUGCAGCAUUCUGAUAAAUUGUUGCCCAAACAUACAGGCACCGAAUGGAGGAUGGAAAAUCAAAGAACCACAAUCAAAUGAUAUUAGUGAGGGUGCUGAUAUCAUUCGAAUACGGAAUGCUAGAAAUGAUGUUAUGCAUGGAACAGCGUUGAAUGUGACGGAAUAUAAUGAUUUGUGGAACAACAUAGAAUCAGCAUUGAGAAGGCUUGGCUACGAUGUAACUAAAGUAGUAGAUUUAAAAACUGGCAGUUUAGAAGACCUAGAGUUGUUUAAGGUUGAGAUAACCAAGGCGAAGGUUGAGAUACUGAGUCUUAAUGUCACACAAAACCAAAACGAUAUUAAACAGAAUCAAAUCGGCAUCAAGGACAAUAAAAAAAAUGUGAAACAAAACCAUAUUAACAUAAAUAAAAAUCAAGGUGACAUCUUGCAAAAUCGAGUUGAUAUCGAAGAGAAUCAACUUGACAUUGAAGACAAUAAAGCUGGCAUCGAACAAAAUCAAUUUAAAGUCAAAGAAAAUAAAGUUGACAUCGAAAACAUUCGAUAUUACAUCGAACAGAAUCGAUAUAAUGUUGAACAAAAUCAAGUUGAAAUUGAAGAAAAUCAAUAUAACAUGAAAGAAAAUCAGUUCAGCAUCGAAGAGAAUCGAGAUGAUAUUGAGCAGAGUCACCUUGCUAUCGAAGAGAAUCUAAAUUAUAUUGAACAGAAUCAAUUUAAAAUCGAGGAGAAUAAAGUUGAUAUUAAGGAGAAUCAAGAUGAUAUAAAACAGAGUCGUCUUGAACUUCGAGAAUGUCAGGAUGAAAUUGGUUUAAACCAAGUUGAAAUCAAAGAAAAUCAAACUGUCAUCUCAGAGUGUCGAGAAGAUAUUAAACAGAAUGAAGUGUCCAUCAAACAAAACAAAAAUGAUAUCAAGUGCAUCCAGGAGAACGUUAAACGAUUAGAAGAUUCUCUUACUUCACACUCGCCUAUUCGCGAAACAUCUCAGCUAGAACAUACUCAAAAGAAACAACCUAGUUUUCUGCUGUUUAAAAAUCGCCAAGACAAUCUCGUAAUACAAUUUGAAGAUGAUUGCCUAUCUAUACAAUGUGUAUACGUGAAAGAUUUUGUUGGGCAAACAAAUCAACUCCAUAGAAAUGAUGACUACAUUGUGGAAAAAAGAAAGGCAAGAUUAAUUUUGAUAGUUUAUAAUCACGAAGAUUCUAUAUGUGAUUUACAAAUAUUAGUAAUGGACGAUAAACAUGAAACUCGAUGUGUCGUGAUUGAAGAUGUUGCAGUGACAUGCGCACAUGAAUGCGUAACAAAUCAUUUGGAUGUCAUAUCUCACAACAGUGACACGGUGUUCAAACAAAUUGAGUCCAUUGUAAACACAACAACAGUAGAAACAGCUUUGAAAUUUAUAUGUGGUGGAAAGUUACAGAGAAAGACACCUGAAGAGUAUAAAGAAUUUGCAAAGGAUUACAAGGAACGUUAUUUUACACUCAAUGACGGACAUGUUGAAGAUGCACUUCAAUUUCCACCGCCGAUGUUAAAGCAAGCUUGUUCGUUAUUGGCACAGAAGAUAAAGAAUGUCAUGAGUAGAUCGAAACAUCGUCUACUUACCAUAUUUACACAUUACAACUCUAAAGAACAUAUCAAAUUUAAAAAGCUGGAUAAAGAAUGUUCUUGGAGUUUGGAAAUGGCUCCUGGUGGUACCAACAAAAUCCUACUUUUGUACUCCAAUUCAUUCAUAAACAUUAGAUAUACAGAAGCAAUUGAUGCACUCAAUAUACAACAUGAAUUUGGAGCAGGUGAGAUUGACUUAAAAGAAUUAGCCAUCCUUAAUAAGAAGUACUUACGAAAUGGUAACACUGCAUUUUAUAACGUGGUAGCUGCGCCUAACUUUGAAGACUUUGAAGAUCUAUGUAUCGAUUGCAAGUUAUUAGAUAAGAAAACACUAUCUGUGGAUAGAAACAUUCGAAGCUUUUUCGGAAAUCUUCUGCAGAGGUCUCAAACGAAGAACAUUAGCUGCAAUAACAAAGAAGAAUAUAAGAAUAUCAUCAGUGAUAUUAUGUGCUUUAUGGCAACACGAAAAGCGCUGUAUGCUGUCCCUUCGUUAAGUGAUGACAUCCACGAGCAAAUAAGUUCACUCACAUUGACUACACAGCAGCUUCACAUUCUACAUGAUAGUUCAAAGAAAAAGAUAAUCACCGGUCCGUUAGGUAGUGGUAAGACUGUGUUAGCUUUGUCUCAUUUAGAACUGGUCUACGAAAACUCAGAAACCAAAUCUGUUAUUUAUUACGUCAUAUGGGAUGAUAAAACAUUACUGAAACAAGAUGUAAUUACCUAUGCUACAAAGUUCAAUUACAAAGAGAAUGUGACAGUCUUGGUUAAAGAUAUCGUUGAGUUGGCAAAGCAUUUGAAAAUGUCCAAAGUUCCAACACUUUCCAUGUUGAUGGUGUCUUUACUUAACAAACACGCUGGUGAAAUGCUGCAUCUAAUCAUUGACGAAUUAAAUGGAGAAAUAUUUGAUAUGGAGGAAUCUUUAUCUUUAAAGCAAUACUUUGAAAACGAGACAAAAUGGCGAAAUUCUGUUGUCGUUUUAUUUCCUCAAACUAUCGAAAAACAUCGAGAAUUUGUGUCAGGUUUAACUGUCACAAAGCAUGACAGAUAUAAAUAUGAAGAAACAGGGAUGAAGUUAUAUAAACUUAACAAAGUGAUGAGAACAUCUAAGUCAAUUUUUCAGUUUUUACGGGCAUUUGAAAACGAGAUAACAAAAUUCAAAUCAUUAAUUAGACAUCCAGUUCAACAGAAUGAAUCAAAAAACGAUUCAGGUGAUACUGAAGAACAUACUGAGAUCUCUCAGAAUCUGGAACAACAUCAGCAAGAGCAACAUGAAGUUGUUCUUAAAAAAAUCAGGUUAAAGAAGGAAAAGAAAUAGGC